GGCCCCACGCAUCUGUGGCAGGCUGUUCUUCCUCCUCCCACAGAGGGUCCCGCUCUCAGGACACAAGGACAUCAAAGGAGACAUGGGAGAGGGACAAGGCAACUCUGAGCUCAACGCCUGCAGGCUGGUUCCUGCUCUGAUCUCAGCUCAAGAUCGCGUUUCUGAGGCAGAGAUUUGAAAAGUUCCUGCGGGGGCCACCAGGUCCCUACACCCGAGAUCUUCCUUACCUCCAGCUUGGAAAAGUGACGGCGUAGCACAGGAGUCCUGUGAAAUGACUACUUGAGAUCUGAGCUUCUCAGAAGAUGGGGUUCAGGGGCAAGAGAAGAGAGAGGGACAAGCAGACGACAGGCUAGAAGCCGCUAGCUUGGACAGGGUGCCCUGCGCAGAUCCCCUGUGGGCCGUCCAGGAGGACAGGAUCAGAACAGGAGUUAUUAUGCAGCCCCAAGUCAGGAUUUGUUCUUUCAGUGGUUUUUGUAAAGAGCCUAGCAGCUAGGACCUGGGUAUGAUAAGACUCUACUGACUUGUGCCCUCCGACCCCGAGCGGUACGACAGCGAAUGUGCAGGUGAAGGCCUCUGUGGGAUAGUACUGGACGACUAGGGAGGGUUCCUUAAAAGUUUCUGGCAGCCUAGGAGCAAAACAGUGCAGGAACUAUUCCUGUCAAUGGAAAGAUAAUAUGGGUUCUCAGGGUGGGCAAGAGAGCAGGAGCUGAAAGUGGCCUGCUGGGACUGGGCUUAGGAAGACUGCCAAAGGCUCCAGGAGGAAGCCUGGGGGAGGCAUUCUGUAAAUCAAGAGCAGCUGGACAGGGGCAGUGAGGUUGGAUGGGAUAUUCUGGGUGUUAGCAAAGGGGUCUGGGUAAGGCCUUGACAGGAGAGGGCAGGAUCCCCCUGGGCUCUACCUGGGUACCAUGCAGAGGGAACACAUCUGGGGAAGUUCUGUUUCCAGCAGAGUUGGCUAACCCCAGCGUGGUGCAGGUCAGAGGGAGAAAACAAUCCCUGGCAAUAUGCUGAUCAUGCUAGGUGGACAGAAAGGGGGUAUGUACACCCCGUUUUCUCAGGUAAGAAGAUGGGGUGGGAGCCAAGGGAGGCUAAGCCACAGAAGAAGAGCCACACAGACACAGGGACAAAAUCACACUCACACCAGCACACACAUCAGAGGCCACCAUGGGUGUGUCCCCAUGUGUCAGACAUGCAGACACGUGCAGUACACAUAUACAGAGAAGUGUACAGGACAUAGAUGCAUGUGCACAGGUGCACACAGUCUUAGGUGCAAGCGGGAACUUGGCACAGAAGUGGGGGCCAGGUGAGCCAGUGAGCAGCGGGAUGACUCACUCUCGGCAGUUCCCGUUAGCUGGGCUGCAGUGCUGGGCAACCUGCCAGCAACACACAGGUCAGACAGACACCAGUCACUGCUGGGAAGCAGCCCGUGCAGCCUUCUCCUCCAACUGAAUAGGCCACAGCCCUGCCUUGGUGGGGCACAAGUCUCACCCUCUCCCUGGGAAAUGCCCUGGAUAAAGAACACUACCUUGUCUCUGGGUAUGUGGGACUCUGUGAUCUGGGGUACAUCUCUGUCUGCUGGGUAGGCUAGAAGGUCUCAGCCUGCCAAUCCAGUGUAUUUGAAUCUGGCUUCAGGAUCUGAGAGCAAGGGCCUGGGAAAAGGUACGGUUUUGUAUACCCGAAGACUUUUGGGUGCACACAGACCUAGCUGUCUUGGUCUCUGGGCAAUGUUCAAGCAAAUGGUCUCAGAUUGUCUAGCGUGAUCCACCUAGGACCGUGUGGCACCCAUCAGCUUUUCAGGAAAAUGGAUGUUACCCAGGCUACCCAAAUGCACACAGGACAGGUGUAACACAAAUUCUAAUUGUUCCUAAUAAAAACCCGGAGUCAGAUAUAGGGAUUAAUGCUGAAAGAUCAGAGAAGCAGAGUAGCCAACCACUAGAGAGUUCUUAUCUCUACCAAUGCUCAGACCAAAGGGGUGCUCCUAUCUCUACAAAACCUGUGUCUGUCUCUAUGAAUCCUCAGACUGCAUCUGAGCUGCUGGCUCCUCCUGCCUUGUAUUCUCUUCUCCAUCCAGCCAUAUCACUCCCAUCUCCGCUUCCCUAGUGCGGGGAUUAAAGGCAUGUGAUCCCAAGUGCUGGAAUCACCUUUGUGUGAGCUCUGUUUCUCUUUUAGACAGAUUCAAGUUCAUGUAGCUCAGGGUGGUCUUGAACUCACAGAGAUCCAUCUGCCUCUGUCUUCCAAGUGCUGGGAUUAAAGGUUGCGCCAUCACUGCCUGGCCACUAUGGCUAACUAGUGGCUCAGCCCUGCACUCUGAUCUUCAGGCAAGCUUUAUUUGUUAGAUUACAAGCAAAAUAUCACUACAGACAAGCCUACGGCUGUCAUGUUAGGGGCAUGGUACUAGGUAAGGGGUACCUAGGUGUGCCAACACUCUCCCAUUUGCCACUGGAGCUGCAGCAUGACUGAUGUGGGAGGGUCAUCUAUGUGUUACUUUCAUUGGUUAAUAAAGAAACUGCCUUGGCCUUUUGAUAGGACAGCAGUUUAGAUAGGUGGAGUAGACCGAACAGAAUGCUGGGAGAAAGAGAGCAGAGUCAGGCAAAGGCCAUGAUUCUCCGACCCAAAAUGGACCUAGGUUAGGAUCUUUCCUGGUAAGCCACCACCUCGUGGUGCUACAUAGAUUAUUAGAAAUGGGUUAAUCAAGAUGUGAGAAUUAGCCAAUAAGAGGCGAGAACUAAUGGGCGAGGCAGUGUUUAAAUAAAUAGUUUCCGUGUAAUUGUUUCAGGUGUAAGCAAGCCAGGUGGGACAGAACAAGGGGCCUGUGCUUUUCUCAGGCGGCAAAAAGCAGCCCACCAUUCCUUUUACUACACAUGACUGUCAAGGCAAGGUGAGGGCCCAACAUGGGAGUCCAGCUGCCAUCUCCUGGAAGAUUCCCCCUUAGGUUGGAGGCCAGACUAGAUACUCUGAGGGAAAGACCCCUUGGGAUACCUGCCUAGAGAGCUUUUCCACCCCAGGGAAGAACCACAGACAGAAAAGCAAUACCAUCCACCCACGCCAAUAUACACGCCACAAACCACCUUGGAUUUGUCCCAGUACACACACACACACACACACACACACACACACACACAUACUCCUGUGCAUACACUCAGAUUUGUGUGCACAGAUAUGUACAACAGAAUACAGGCGCCACCUGCUUGGUCCUGAGUAGAGCUCUUGAGGCCUCACAGGCUGUGGCACACUCACUGUGCCUUUGGAAGACCCUGCUACAGAAGCCAGGCUGCACCUAUGUGGGUGGACCAGCCACAAGCCAGGCUUUUCUCCCCAGGGCCCAGAUAGACCCUUCCAUCACUACCAGUAUUCUGAAGCCUAACCCUAGGCCUGGGAUCACAGCGAACAGGAGCAGGGGAGAAGAGUGUAUGAGGUAGGGGAGCUGCUAUGCUUCAUGGACUAUCCCUUCCCCCAGGCUGCAACCUGGCCAUCUUCUGCUGCAGAGCAAUGCACUGCCAGGAGUUCCCGUCACCACGCUCCAGUUCCAGCCUCCUCCCCACGUCCUCCCCUGGGGACAGAUGCUCUGCUGGGGAAGGCUCCUACAGCAAGGUCCAGCUCAGGAAUUGAGAUGACCCGACCCACAACCACAUCCAGCACACACACAAAGGAUGCUAACCAUCAACUCAGGGGUAUUGUGCAGUGGCUCCCAGGGUCUGGGGGAACAGGAAGGAUUGGACCUGAAAUGGUCAUGGCUAUAUCCCUCUCUGCCCCUCCCCACCUGCCUGACCCAAUGCUCCACUGCCUCUCCAGGAAGGCUGGCCAUAACGCCCAGAUCAUCAAUGAUUGAUGUAUCCUGCAGCAGCCGCAGCAACAUGGCAAAAAUAGUUUUGCUAUCAUCAUGGCCCAGCCCCGCCACAGCCCACAGGAAUGCAGAAGGUGGUGGCAUCUGUGACCGCUCUCCCCACAGCAGCCACCCCACUCAUCUCAGUCCUUUGUGUAAUUCUUUCUUCAGACAAUGGAGAAAGUUCCAAGCCUGCAGGUGCGACUGCGGGGGACACAUCGUAAACACAGUCACCAGCGCCAUAACGAAAUGAGAACCCCUCAUUUGCAGGGCAGAGGAGGCAGGAAAGCCAGCCCGGAUAGCAGGCUAGGUCACACUAGCUGCGUAUCCUCCACUCUGCAAGUACCGACUCGACAAGUUAUGCCCCGCAAGGGACCAGAGAGGGCGGGGCAUGGGCGGCGGAGCUGUGGGCCACGCCACGCGGUGGCGUGCUGACGCCACGCGAAGCACGCCGGAAGCCUGCGGGCGCGCACCGUUGCCCGGCAACCCGCGGCACAGGCUGCGGGCUGAGCUGGCUGUGGGUAUCUCCCGGCCGGGCGCCGGGAGGCGCGUCACGGUGGCGAAGGUGGGUGUGCGCCUUGUGGGCCUCUGGGAGCCCAGGACCCCCUCCUCCCGGACCUCGGACCUGGUCCCGGACUCCCGCCUGGACGCGAUCCCCGAGCUCCCUUCCCUCAGCCAGCGUCCUCGCAGACCCAGUUCUGUGGCCCGUCCACCAGGACGCACGUCUACCCACAGGCCUUCCUUCGCCUCCACUUGUUUGGGCCUAGGACACGCCCCCGUGCAGGACUGGCCACCCACGCGUGCCAGGAGGGGUCGACUCCCAGGAAGCCCUGGGCAACUCCAGCUCAGCAGCUGCAUGCCUUCUGAGCAGCUUUCCUUCGGGUCGGCUGGCCUGGCCAUACCAAGAUGCAAGGCGGGCAGGAGGUGAGGAGAGAGUCAGCGAAUGACCUCGUACAGGACCCUGGAGAGGGGUCCCUCCACCAAACAGCUGGAGAACAGAGUGGUGACGAUUUGGAAGGGAGGAGACUCUGUUACAAUGAUCCCCUGACUCUGCCUGACGCGAAAGCUAGCGGCUCCAGGCUGGAAGAGGGUCUUCCCACCUGCACACUCGGCUGUCUGCACCCAGGGGAGCUCAGCGGCGGGUGGGGAGAGUUCGAAGGCUUCAGGGAAUCUUCAGCUAAGUCUAAGCAGUUUGCUCAGUCCUUUGAACUCCUAGGGAGAGCCGCAGAACACCAGUCACUGAAAACCCCUUCAAUCCCAAAAGAGCAUGGUUCUUGCCAGAUGCAGCAAGGUGGACCCUGGGUGACAGGAACUGCUGCUGGCUCAUCUUCUGAGUCCAUUCUCAGCUAUGAGAAGGUUUUUAGGUUUGCGUUUCAAGAAGUCCCAGUGGAACGGACAACUGAAGACAUUUGUUCUCUAGACCAUUUCUUAGAAACAAGCAGUGAAGAAAAUGGUGGCCUUGCAUCUGUGCCUAGACUGUGUUCUGAAUCUAGAAAGCUCUGGAGAGCCCUUCAGAACACUGACACUGUGUCCACUUCACGGCAUCUCUGGAGUGAAUCUCACUGUCGGGAGAAGCUCCUUCCUGUCCUUGGUGUAGACACUACUCAGAAGAGCCUUUCUGGAGACCAGGGUCAUGUUCUGGAAGGUUCUGAUCUCAGAAAGCCUGAAGAGCUGCUUGCAGUCAGCAGCUUCCACCUACACCACUGCAAAGCCCUGAUUCAGACCAAGCUCUCAGGGACGUCUGGCAGCAGACAGGGCAGCCUGAUCACCUACAGCCUGUUUCUGAAGACACCACUACAAGGAAAUGGGCACUACAUCACCAUUCCACAAAAAAAGAUCUUUACUCCACGUAACCUAAAAAUGGCACUCUUUAAUAACAAUGUUUGCUAAAAGCAGGAGUACUUUGUACCUUUAUGAAAUAUUUUACAUUCUUACUGGUUUUAGUACUAGCGUCUGAGAACUAUUCUGUGGCACUGUUUCCCAGAUCCUUGUUAGUUUCCCAGGACCUCUGUCAACCUACUCUAUACCUCAAGCACUCAGAUCUCGUGGGGUGCAGAGGGAAGGUCCUAGGGCAGAGCCAGUCUCCAGAGAGACCCCUGCCUGAAUCACAUGAGGAUCCACGAGUUCAGGAAGCAGGAGACAGCUACUGAUCACUUGCAGGAGCCCACCCUGGUCCUGGCUCCCCUAAGAUGCUAAUGCAUAUCCCUGUGCUGGAUCCUGCCCUCAGCCAGCAGCCUUGAGACAAGCGUUUCUGAGUAGAAGGGUGGGUGGGAGAGCACACUGGGUGUCCCAGGACAGCUGGAUGAGCAUCUGCUGAGACAACUGUUUUCUUCUAGGGGCAGACACAAGCAGGCAACACUGAAUUUUGUAAACUUUUAUUAAAAAGAAGACUGUGUAA